UAAUUUAGAAGAAAAAAGCCAUGGCUUGGGAAAAAGGGAGGGUCUCUCUUUAUAGACCUUAUCAAUAACAGAGACAAGGAAUAGUCUCCAUAAAUGGGUUCGCAGUUGCAGAACUCCUCAGAAAUGCUGUCAAGGGAACAGUUGCUUCAUCUCUUCGAUCGAUUCUCUUUCCUCACCUCUCAGCCCGAUGUGAAGAAAAGAAUCGCUGAUGGUGUUGAGGACAAACAGGAAGCUGUUGCCAUAACCACUGCCAUCCAGGAAGAGAUAUUUCUGGAGAUGGGGAUUGAUCCAAGGUUUGGCAUAUCAUCCCUGGGAAAGGUGAAUGAAAAAUAUGAGAAUGAUCAGGAUAUGAUGAUCCGCUUUUAUAAGUUCAUUGCAAGGGAGGAGAUGGCCUGUGAUGAAGCUGAGCUUGGAGCAGAUGAAUUUGCGGAAAGGAUGCAUAGUCAAGAAAAAUUACAGGAGCAGCAACUGGAGAUGCUAAAGCACAUGCGGAAAUUUCCCCUGGAUGAUCAAUCUGCAAUCCUUGAGAAGGAAGGUGAAUGCAAUCCCAAUUUGAAAUUCGAAGAACAACAAAGCCAAUAUAUUCUGAAUAACAUAUUGGUGCGGGGUAUUGUUCAUACAGCUGCGUCAGCAGAUGGAAAAUGCCGAUUUUGACGGUGCUGCAUCAGUUUUGUCUUCAGAGCAGAUUCAAGAGAUUGUUCGGAGGAGGGUGUCUCCUUUAUUUAAGCCAAGGUAGAUUGGAACAUGUAUCAGUGAUGCAAUGUAGUUUGUUUUCAGACUGCUACUUUGUCCAGGCUCUCUAUGUAGCUGUUGUUUGUUGUAGCAAUUGCUCAUUAUAUGUAGACUGGAUUUCGGUUGUGAAGUAAAUUUGUUUUUAAGAAGGUAA